UCUUCCUCUUCCUCCUCCAAGUCGGUAUCCGCCUCCGACUCGGAGUCCACCAUGCAGGUCAAAGGCGUCCGCAAACUCGUCAGGAAGCUCAAGCGGGGCAUCCGCCACAUUUCCCAAAUCGGACACCAUUCAAAGUCCGCGACGCUCGUUCCCGAAAUUGACGGCGCGCCCAACGCGUCUCUCGUUGGCCUCCUCCGCGACGUCCCCGUCGUCCCCAUUUCCCUCCCGCUCACUCAUAACUCGAAGGCUAGCUGCGCUUCUAUGACCUCCACUACGCCCUCUGGCAGCUCAUCACAUCGCCCGUUGGCGUCCGAGUCAUCUGAAUUCCCAACAGCAGCGUCGCAAAGCGCGUUAGGUUACACUGGCGACGCUGCUUCCUCUACAUAUAUUUCUAUCACCGACGAGGACAACCACCCACAGCAAGAACUCGUAGAGGUGUCGCCACCUGCCGUCCCGGAGCUCGUCGCCUCCUCAGACAACACACCCGUGGAGCCUUUCGCAUCUCGCCAGGAUGCACCCGCCGAAGCUGCAGAGCCCCCGUCUCACCAGGACGACUCCAUGUCGCAGAGCGCGUUAGACGCAUCUGAUGACGCGGCUGUACGGGAUAACCGCGACUCUACUCUGGACGACUCUCGCUUUGACUCGGCCGAUGCAGUAGAGACCACUCAGCCGGCGGAGGAUGCCGACCCGUUCCUUGUUGACGAUGACGCGGACGGUGCCUCCCAGGAGGAGGCUGAGGAGUCGCUGGCUGAGGCACCUGUGGGCCUGUCUAUCGACACAGCGCAGCAGUCGCUCGCGCAGGCGGAUGAGGUGCCACUAGCACAAGCAUCUUCGCCCUCAGACUCAACACCUCACGUCGACGAGCCCCCGCCUCCACCGCCACCGAAGAUAGAGAGUGAUGACGAAGAAGAAGCAACACCCGAGCUAUAUUUACCGGGGCUGACACUGCCUACCAUGUUUCACCCAAUUUCGAAUGUACGCUCUCAUUUGUUUCAUACUCUGACCUGGUGGCUAUAUCGGCAGAAUAUUUAUUACCCCUGUAUGAUUAGACGGACCCUUUGAGUUUAUUGUUGUCCAAAUAUAUACCGCCAGAGAAGCGGCCUGCGCGA